AUCCAGAGACUUACCCAACAGCGUCAUCAUAUACAAUACUACUCAGAACCGUCUCCAGCUUUUUCCAUUUCAUCUUCUCCGUCGUGCUGCGGCCGGAGCCGUCGGAUCCUCCGAAAAUGGACGCCCUCUUUGAUUCAAUCAACGUCCGUGAUCUCCUAUCCGCUCACGACCUCAGCGACCCCACCACACCGCUCUCCGCACCCGAUCUCCGCCUCCUGAUACAGCGUCUCGAAUCUCACUCCCUCCAAAUCAAGGCCAAAAUCCAGUCCUACAUCAUCUCUCACCACCAUGAUUUUUCUAACCUCUUCUCCAUCUGCAAUGACGCCGUUUCCCGCUCCGACCGAAUCUCCGGCGACGUCUCCCACCUCCUUAGUACCAUUUCCGAUCGCCCGAUCGAUGCCGAGAUUUCGGACACCGUCAAGGAAAUGAACACGAAGAUGCAGCAAGUUAGGGCGAAGAGGGAGUUGUUGGUUUUGGUGAAGUUGAUCGUUGAAAUCAACGAGAAAUUGAUGGCUGCAAGGGAGGCCUUGAGGAGUAAACGGUUGAGAUUUGCCGCGGAGGAACUUAGGGACCUGAAGAAGGCCCUAGGAAUAUGUAAUGGUGGUGACCAUCAAGUAGAUGAGAGAGAGCCCGUGGUUUUCGGAUUGUUGAGGAAAGAGUGGUCCGAUUGCUUCGAUGAGAUUCAAGAGGUUCUUUUGAAGCUCAUGGGAAAGGCGGUGCGGUUUGAUCAGGAAUUGAAUGCAGUUCAAGUGGAAUAUUUUCUUAGUGAUGGCGGAGUUGACAGAAUUGAGCUCUGUACGGUUCUAGAGGCUUUAGACGUGAUUGGAAUUUUGGAUUAUGGGUUGGCAAAAGUAGCCGAUUUGUUGAUCAAGUAUGUCAUCUCUCCAGCUGUAAAUUACAGAUCGCCUGUUUCAUUUGUAGAAGAAUUGGUUCAAGACUCUGAGGAACUGACUGGAGCGUUAUUAAAGAUAGUUCCAUCAAGUGAUUCGAAGUUUGAGAAUGAGGGGGAGACUAUUUAUUCAGGAAUUAUUCAGACUAUCAGGUUUGUCUGCAAAAGUAUAUGCUUCCAAAAUGGAUCUUGGAUACAAAGUUUUGGGAGAUUGACAUGGCCAAGGAUUUCAAAUUUGAUUAUUUCAAAUUUUCUUUCUAAGGUUGUCCCUCCAGAUGCUUCAAAACUUUCUGGCUUUCAGAAGAUCAUCGAACACACAUCUAAAUUCGAAAAUGCUUUAAAGGAAGUCGCAUAUAUUUCAAAAUCUGAUAACAAGGAUAACACAUUGAGUGAUUAUGCAGAAAAUGUUGAGGUUCACUUUGCAUCUAGAAAGAAAACAGAAAUUUUGGCAAAUGCUAGAAAGUUGCUUCUGCAAUGUGAUUUUUCUAUACCUCAAGAGUAUGCAAAGAAUGAUAGGGUGGCUGUAAACACUUCCGAACAUCAUGUGCAAUUGCUGUUCCUGUCAGAAAGGUGUGUGGUAUCUAAAGCUGCGCUUCAGCUGAUGGAGCUUGUACAUCAGACACUUAAGGAUGUUUGCUUGUCGUCCACCAGAGUUGCCUUGGAAUUCUACCAUGCUGCUAGGGAUGUUAUACUUCUUUAUGAAGUUGUUAUACCUGUGAAGCUAGAAAGGCAGCUUGAAGGCAUCAACCAGGUAGCUGUUCUCAUGCAUAAUGAUUGCCUCUAUCUAUCACAGGAGAUUCUUGGGCUUGCAUAUGAGUAUCGCCCAGAUUUCCCAAGUUCGAUCAAGGAACAUGCUGUGUUUGUUGAUUUAGCCCCAAGAUUUCAUGUCAUGGCAGAGCAGAUACUGCAGAGACAAAUUCAAUUAGUUAUUUAUAAUUUGAAAGAGGCUAUAGACGGUGCAGAUGGAUUUCAGAAUACCCAUUUGAAGCAUGCAUACGAAUCUGCAAAAUUUAGCAUUGAUCAGGUUAUUUUCAUUCUUGAGAAAGUACAUAUCAUAUGGGAACCACUCUUGAUGCCUUCAACUUACAGGAGAAGCAUGUCUAUGGUUCUAGAGUCGGUAUUUUCUAGAAUUACAAGAGACAUACUGCUUAUCGAUGACAUGGCAGCAGAGGAAACAUUACAGCUCCAAAGAUUAAUUCAUUUGAUGCUGGAAAACCUAUCUUCUCUAUUGGAGUCCUUGGCCAAUGUCCACCAAACAGAGAAUUUACAAGAGAGCAUGACACAGACGCUUGACGAUCUCAUACCAUCAUUACGCAAGAUGCAUAGAUUAGCAGAAUUAUUAGACAUGCCUUUAAAAUCCAUUACCGCAGCUUGGGAAAGUGGAGAUUUACUGAGCAGUGCUUUUACAUUAAAAGAGGUUCAAGACUUCAUCAAAGCCAUAUUUGCGGAUUCACCUCUGAGGAAAGAAUGUUUGUGGAGAUUAGCAAAUGCUAGUUUCUAGAAGCUUCGAUCAAUUUUCCUCCAUCAAAAGAAAGAUAUAUCAGAAGAACAAGGGGAAGGGUUAGAAGCUUUAUGGCUGUGAAGCUGAUUCUCCUAUGACUUCUCAUUGGAUGUCCCAACUAAAUUAGAUGACGAUAUUCUGACAUAAGAUAGGUUUGUAUUUUUAUAGAACUUUCAUAAAACUUACAUGUGUGUAAAGAGGAGAAAGAAGAGGGUACAACAUUGUUCCUGUUAUAUUGUAACCAAUUGUUUUUGGUAAGAUUCCGUUAUUUAAUUUUCAGUUAAUUUAGUGUUCCAAACUGACAAGUGCGGCUUGAAAAUAAGACGACAUGAUACUUUUUUUUUU